AUGUUUUUAGAAACUCCUGGAGCUGGAUUUGGUCAAACUCAACAACAAACACCGCAACCUCAACAGCCUGCAUUUGGAGGAUUCGGUCAACAGCCAGCUGCUGGUGGUGCCGCUCCUGCUUUUGGUGGGUUUGGUAAUCCUGCUUCUGGAGGAUUCGGCGUGACACCACCUGCUCAACCCUUCGGAUCUCAGCAAGCACCUGUCGCUGCCUUUGGCCAACCAGCAGCUUCUACUACUCCAUCGUUUGGUCAGCCAGCUGGUCAACAGCAACAACCAGCAGGAGCUCCAACUACUGGGUUGUUUGGGCAAGCCGCUGCAGCUCCGCCAGCAUUUGGAUUCGGUCAGCAAGCACCAGCAGCACAACCAUCUGCAUUGUUUGGUGGUGCAUCACCGGCUUCUCAGCCUCCUGCGGCAGCGACAGGUCCAGCAUUUGGAAAUCCAUCAGCUCCUUCUGCAGGUUUUGGAUUUGGAGCCCCAGCUAGUAGUAUUGCUCCUACAUUUGGUGCAGCUCCCAAUAGUACAGGAUUAUUUGGAACUUCAAGUGCUCCAGCAUUUGGACAACAAGCAGCACAGCCAGCAACAUCAGCUCCAGCACCAUUAUUUGGACAAGCACCAGCAGCCGCCCCUGCAUUUGGGGCUCCUGCUAAUGCUGCGCCGAGUAAUAUAUUUGGUGGUGGGUCUCAGCAACCACCAACCUCUGGUUUGUCAUUUGGUCAAGCUCCUGCCAGUACAAUGUCAUUUGGUCAAAAUGUGGCUCAACCUCCUGCUACUCAAGCAGCUACUGGAUUUGGUGGAAUCAGCUUUGGAGCACAACCUCAAGUUUCUGCUACUGCUGCUACACCCGCUGCUCCUACACCAAACCUAUUUGGUGGUCAAGCACCUACAUCUCAAAGUCCAUUUGGUGCCCAAGCAGCGCCUACGGGAUCGACGAAUCUGUUUGGAGCUGCUUCUCAGCAACCUCCAACAAGUCUUCCUUCGUCUCAACCAGCUCCGUCAUUUCCUUUUGGCCAACCAGCUGCAGCAUCAACAGCAGGUGUAGGAUCUACGAAUCUAUUUGGAAGUGCUCCUCAACAAACAUCGACAGGUCUACCUCAACCAGCUGCCGCGGUAGCUCAAGCACCAUCAUUUGGAACUACAAGUGCACCCCCAUCGAUUUCGUUUGGAGCACCAUCUACAACAGCAGCACCAUCGCUUUCGCUUGGAGCGCCAGCUACAACAGCAGCACCAUCGAUUUCAUUUGGAGCACCAGCUACAACAGCAGCACCAUCGAUUUCAUUUGGAGCACCAGCUACAAGUGCACCACCGACUUCAGCACCUGCUAUUUUUGCAGCUCCGCCAGCUACUGCGGUUUCGCAAGCCCCUGCAUCUACAGCACAGUCUGGAUUUAGCUUUCCGGGAAUGCCAGCAAGUGCUAUAAAAGGAGCGUUGCCGACUACAACAACAGCUGCUGCUCCAGGCGUCCUUGAAACUCCAGGUCCUUUAAAGAUAUCUGAUUUAGGCACUCCAGCAACCAAACCACCAACACCGUCAUUAUUCGCUCCUUCUGCUGCGACGACUGCAGUAGCAGGCGUUUCGUCAUCAACAGGUGCAGGUCCAGCAGCUGGUGCCGUGUCAACGUUGGCUCGAUCUGUUGGACCAUCCUCGUCAUUGAAGAAUAAAACAGUCGAGCAGAUUGUAAAUGAUUGGAAGACCCAAACGAUGAAGCAUGAACAGGAAUUCAGGAAACUUGCUGUGGAUAUUGGAAGAUGGGAUUUGAUGCUAUGGAAGAAUGGUGAAGAGCUGACGAAGUUGACCAAGGAAGUCGAAUCUGCCGAAGAAACUCAACGACUUAUUGAUCAAAAUCUCGAAUAUAUUGAAUCAGAGCAAUCUCAAAUGGAUGAAGCUCUUGCCACAUAUGAAGCUGAAAUACGUAAAAUAUUCGAUUCAGAUGGCCCUGAACGUAUUCGUAUGACACCAGCCGACCAAGAGCGUGAAAAGGCUUAUGGUCUAGCUGCUACCCUCAACUCUCAAUUUGAUGACAUGCUUCGCCACUUGUCAUCCAUGGUUGAAGAUAUAAAUGCAACAAUACAUCCUUCUGCUGGUGAAGAUAGUGGUAGUGCAGUAGCAGUAGCUGAAGGAGGAGAGUCUGCCUAUACUCAAGUAGUCAGAAUUCUCAAUCACCACUUGUCAUCUUUAAGAUGGUUGGAUUCUCAAGUCUCGCAAUUGGAUCGCCGUGUAGGUGAAAUUGAACGAUAUCGCAGUGCCGCUGAGAGUGUCGUGUCUCGUGUGUAUGGACCUGGUGGUGGCAGCGGUGGUAUGGCUGCAGGUGGAAUGUCUGGAAAUCCCAGCAAUGGUGAUUGGACUUUACGAGGUGGUAGAUAG